AAUUUUUGUGUUUUUAUAGGCAAAAUUUACUGUGACGAAAGAAGUUCUUUUGUCUCAAGUAAAGAAAUAUUUAAAAAAUUAAAGUUCAACAAUAUUGCAUAUUUUCAAUCUUUGCAACAAAGUUGUCGUGUUUAAGAAACCUGUAACUGUGACCAAAGAUGGACAUUAAUUCAUUUAAUCACACUUUUUUGCAUUUUUAUCAUACAUUAUUAAUGUUGUUGUUGUUAAAUCAUUACGUGACUAUUGCCUAUCACGAUGAUACGCACAAUGUUGCUAAGCGAUUGGAUGUGGACGUCUGUGCGGAAAACUUCAAAAUCCACUCAUCGACGAUAAUUCGUACGGAAGAAUCGAAGGCAAUGGGCGCAAAAUUUUUGAAUGAUGAAGAAGUCGCCUCCAACGAAGCUUGCAUGAAAAUGUGCUGUGCUACAGAUGAAUGCGAUGUUUUCAUUUAUGAAGAGAAGAGUUCUGGUACUUGCUUUCUCUUCCACUGUGGCCUGUCGGAUGAUUUUCGAUGCAAAUUUACAAGCCAUACAAAUUAUACGAGCGGUAUUUUGACAGUAACGCGUAAUGAACUGCAGUCUAUGAUGAUUAAUCAAAUUACUGAUGUUGCUGUUAAACCUAAACUUUCGCAAAAUGAAUUAGAUUUAGUAAGUCUGAAACGUCCGAGCUCAUAUCAAAAGUCAUCAGAGCUCAUAGCUCUCCCAUCAUCAACAUCAACAAUUCCACCACUUGGUGUGCGUCUGUCUGAUGUAUCUAGUACACAAACAACAACAAAAUCUCCAUCAUCAUUAUCAUCAUCGUCUGUCUGUGGCAGAUUUCAAUUUCAAUGUCAAACAUCCAAAGAAUGCAUUGCGAUUUACAAUGUCUGUGAUCAAAUAGCGCAGUGUGAGGAUGGAAGUGAUGAAGGGCCUGAGUGUCCAACAACAAAUUCUGUAACCGUGAAGAGUAUUUUGACUGGCGUUGAAAAUCAACCGAAACUAGAUAAUCAAAUAAGUAGAAAUCGCUUAGUUUCGUCUAUGAACGAUAAUUUUAAUCAAAUGACUCAUCCCAUUAUUCAUAAUCGAGAAGAUCCCAUGUCGGCGCCAAAAUAUUCACAAAAUCAUGUUGCACAAUAUAUGGAUACUGACUCAGACAGCCAUAUAUUUAGCCACAAAAACAAUCUGUUAUCCGGAAAUAAUUUCCCUAAUAUUCAAUAUCAACAAAAAUUCCAAAGAGAUCCUUACAUGAUGCCUCAAACACAGCAAGGAGAUGAUCAAGUUUAUCAUGAUCAAUUGCAAAUGACUCGCAAUGAUUGGCCACAAAUGCCUCAAAUGCCACCACAACCACAACAGCAAGCAGUUAUGCCACAAAUGCCGAAGCAGAGUAAUCCUGUAUGGAGUGAAAAAUUACCAAAGCAAAUUAUUGUUGAGGAUAAAGUUGUUAGUAAUAAAAAGCAGCAGCAACAAAAAGAUUCUGAUUAUUCAGAAGAAUAUGUAGAAGGAGAUGAGAGUCAGUCUGAUGGAGAAGAUGUCACGACUACAGUGGCACCGAAGAAGAAAACACGAAAACAUAAGAAGCAAAAAGCCCAACAAAAAGAGAAGCAAGUGAAGGUUCAUGAAAAGCCAUUACAUGAACAGCUGAAACAAUUGAAAAAUACAGUAAAUGAUGAUGCUCAAUUUAUAUCAGAAUACAGUGAACGCAUUGAGAAGCCGACUGGAGCAAUUUUAUCACUAACACUAGGUUGCUUAGUGCUUGUCGCAUUAUCCAUACUUGUUGGUUGUCGUAUGAAACGAGUACAUGUGAGAAGACGAAGACACGGAAAGGCAGUCGACGCAGACUUUCUUGUUAAUGGAAUGUACUUGUAAAAAAUUUAUGAUUUUAAUUUUAUAAUUUUCCCAUUUUUUAUUAUUAUUAUUGUAAAUUGUUGCCAUUGAAAUGUAUUUACAUAAGAACUUUCCCAUGGCAUUUCCAUUUUUCUUUUGUUCUAUUUUAUUAUAAAAAAUUAUUUAUUUGAGAAAAUUUUAUUUCAAUUAAAGAAUUUCUUUAAUUAUUUUGUAUUAAUGUAAUCUUUCAGGAACAAUAAGAAAUAAAGACAUAAUUGAAGUUUG